AUGACUUUACAACAUUUUUUGCUUCAAAUUUUAUUCCUGGUCUGCCUCUGUGAUGCAACUUUAGGAUGUAAUCCUGGUGAAACCCCUCUCAAGCUAGAGAAUCGCUCAGAUAGCUUCGUCAAGGGUUGCUAUUGUAAAAACGAAAGACUUUCUUUGUGCUUCGAGAUUCAGCGCGGGUUUGUACAACUGACAGACACAAACAACAAUGUACUGGUGCAAUUUAGUAAGCCAAAUAGCCAAAGAACUCACGUAAAAGUAUUGGGGCACGAUUUCUUGUGGUAAGUUUUAGUAAUCAUUUUUUUGUUCAGAAAUACCCCUGAAAGUGUCAGUCAUAUAUUCAUUACUUCAUUGUUGUACUAACAAGCGAGUGAUUUUCGCCCAAUGAAAUUUUAAUCAUUUAGCACGAUGCUUGUACAACCAGUAAAGUUUUCACAAUGCUUUUCACCUGUUGCGUUAAAACAAACAAACAAAAACAAAACUGAGCUAAACUAAAACAAUUUCAGACAACUACCGCCUUCUAAAGGUUAACAGCUUACUUGCGAAAGCAGAGAAGGUAAGGUUGGAGGCGCAGCAGGGUAGAGGGACUGCGAAUGAGAGUGAAAAUUUUGCAAGGAAAAAAAUCGCUAGCUCUUUGAUUCUCGCCAAAAUUAAUCUCUAUAGAAAGCAAAAUUCAUAAAGACUUUGUUAUAAAACCCAUGAUCCAUGGCACUAAGAAACAUCCUUCGCCCCCCCCCUUCCCCCGAUUUUUUAGCCAAUUUAUGGCUAAUGGUUAUAAUAUCUUUCCAUUGUUGUCGCCAGAAAUUUUUUUUUAGGGUUAAAAUUUUUUACGACCGACGACUAAGGUUUGUCCAUUUUUACGCCUAACGGUUAAUUUUUGUUGGCCGUUUUACGUACGGCUAACGGUUGACACUAUUAAGUCCCUCGAGAAGGUGGAUACAUUUUGGUUUUCAUUUUGCAUGGUAGGCCCCAUCCUGGCUCCGAGCCGUUUGUUAUCGGAAAGGAAUCCAAUAUUUGGACCGAAGACUCAAUAUCUGAGAGAGUUACAGACCCGCCAAAGGGUAUGAAACAAAGUUCUUCUGUGCUGUACCAAAGAGCUAUGACGAGGCUUCGAAGGAAACCAGAAAUGCAACUUCUGUUGGAUGUUUCGCACGCCCUACACGACGAAGCAAGAGAAAAUGCCGCAACAAAAGCCUUCCAUGUGAUGUCCAUGAGCUUGCUGGGAACGCCUGGUGUCGCUGCGCACGCGCGUGACCAACAAACCGCCGCCCACAGAUACCUAGGACUUUUUGACAGAAAGCGGAGCUCUUGUAGAGAUCUUAGAGGAGAUCCGGAUGGAAACAAAUGUCUAGGAAUGUGUGGAGCAGGCUGCUGGUGCUGGAAUCUUGUUUGUAAUGACUGUUGUUAUCAUCAGGGAUGUUACGAACACGAUUUAUGUUGCAGGAAAAAACGAUUGUCAGGAUACUGUCUGUUUCCAUUUCUUUAUGGCUUCAAUUGUGAUAGCUACGGGGGAUAUCCCAGCUGCGUUUAG